AUUUUACAUCUGGAGCAAAAAAACCCGAGGCGGCAGCACAUGGCUACUGUACUGUACUGUACUGGCAACUCGCAUUUCAUGUCUGGGGAUAAUAGGCAAAAUCAGCGGCAGUUUCCGAUCAGUUUGAGAAGACGAAGUGGCCAUGGCGUCUCAUGGAGGGCCAAGAGCAGUGGGAUCAGAUGGUAGCGAUUUUACCCACAGAGAGCAAAUUGCCAGCCGGUAUCAAGCAAGCACCGCUCUGAAAUCCAAACUCAAGAUCUGCGCCUACGUCAACCUGUUCCUCUGCCUGCCCCAGGCUCUCUUCCUCGUCAACUCCCGGCUCCACUUUCUGUCCUUGCCCGAGGAGGCGGGGCCCCGCCUUUGCCACUACCUCCUCCUGGCGACCUGCCUCCCUUCGGCGCUCUACCUGGCCUCUCUGCCCCGGAAUCGGAAACUCUGGCUGCGGCUGGCUGACCUGGGUACUCUUGGGUGUGGCCUUGGGGGCGUGGCACACGGGUUCUACUCCUACUUCUCGUCAGUUAGACUCAUCAUCUUGGAUGGGGAGUACAACUCCGUACUGCUUUAUCCUGUGUUUCUGGCUGUAACCUGGUACAUAGUGUUUAUAAUCAAGACAUUUCUUUACUGUCAAAUGUUGUUUUACUCGAGGCAGUUAAUGGCAACAUGGGAUGCGAAAAAGGCCAAAUGAUGUUUCAUGCCAAGGAAUCUAGGAAUCUAGAGGGAAAGAAAAAAAAUAACUUCAAUUUUUUACAUCUAUCAUGUUAUCUUUAUUCGUGCAUAAUUUUUAUAAAUCUUAAAAAAACUGUGAACAUAAAUAAAAUGUGAACUGACAUCAGGUUUGGUUGAAUUUUUGGCAAUGUAAGAUAUAGCUUUGUUUAUCUUUGUCAAAGUGUAAAAUCGCCGAAACAGAUAAUUGACAAAAUACCAGCUUCACAAACUUUUCUGUUUAUACCUUAGUUAUGAGCACUGGGAUGGCUGUCUUCAUCUUAGAUUGAAUAGGUAUCUUGCAACUUAGAGGGGAGAGAUUUGGAAAUCCUGUUUAGUUGGGGUGUUUUGAGGGUAGAAUGUACCAUUCACCAAGACCAAAAAGAUGUACAAGGUAGUGACAAAAACAUCUUUUUUUCUGUAAUAUUGCCAUAUUACAAUUAUGAUUUUUAUUUAUUUUCAGUUGGAAUAAAAACGUUUGGACGUUCUUCCUUAACUUCAA